CACAAGUUAUAUUUUAGUUCGACUUUAAAAUUGUUUCCGCUUCACUCAUUGCUGUGCUUCAGCUACAGAUGGGAAAUUUCAAGAAAAUGUGUUGGCCAAUGAUUUUCCGUUUAAUUUUGAUCAUCGAUUCGGCUGUUUUCCUAUUGAAAUCGUCCGUGCCUAUUUAUAUGAUUGUGUUUGGAAUCAAAGAGAAAGCGGUGUACGAUCAACUGGAAAAAUCGGAUUCAUCUCAUUUAAACACCAUGAUACUUACAUUUCUCUUCCUUGGAGCCUCAAUUGAGUUAAUUCUGAUUUCGGUCAGAUUUUAUACGAAUUGGAGUCAACAUCGCAAUGAAAAAUUUGAAGAUAAUUCUGCUGAUAAUGGAAAAAAUUAUUGUUGCUCCACUAGCUGUUGGUUCGUUGUAAGUAUGUUUCAUAUUGCAAUCAAUGCAGCUCUGAUUGUAUUAGACUGGACAGAAGGAAGAUGGUUGAGCAUGGUCGUUAUCAGUUUCAUAACCUGGGAAAUAUUUUUUUUCUGCUUUAUGGUCACAUUUAAGGUUUUAUUUUGCACGGUUUUUGUUGCAAAGAGAAAGACUGUGGAAACGGAAAAUGGAAUACCAACGGAACAACCGAAAGUUGUACAAAUUUAGAUUUUCGGAUAGAAAUUUUCAAAAGUGCAAAGUGAAGGUUUGCUUUCUUUUCUAACAAGUGCUCAAUGUAGUAAAAUUGAGAUAGAUCUAAAAUUGUUAAGGGCGAUAACGGAAACGAAAAUUUUGUUCAACGGUGUCGACAGAAAAAUAAUUAAUUUUUUAGUCGACGGAUUAUAGUCAAAUAA